CGGUCCGCGUCGUCGCGAUACGUGACGCGGAAUCAAGCGCUGCAUCGACUGCAGCUCAAGCUCGGGGACUUUCGAAGGCUGUGCAUACUGAAGGGGAUUCACCCGCGCGAGCCGCGAAGGAAGCACCAGGGGCAGGGGAAGACGUAUUAUCACGUCAAGGACAUCGCGUUCUUGCAUCACGAGCCGCUGUUGGAGAAGUUUCGGGAGUUGAGGGCGUACGCGAGAAAGCUGAAGCGGGCCAAGGCGAAACAAAAUUACGUAGCGCUCGAUCGGUUGAGGGAUAACACGCCGCGGUAUGAGCUGAGUCAUUUGGUGCUGGAGCGGUAUCCGACGUUUCAGGACGCGCUGGGGGAUCUGGAUGACCCGAUGGCGAUGUGCGCGCUGUUCGCGGUGCUGCCGACGGUGAAUCGGCACGACAUCGCGCCCGAAAUCGUGGAGAAGUCGGAGCGUUUGAGUCGAGAGUUUAAGUCGUUUUGCGUGCGAACGCACGCUUUGCGAAAGGUUUUUAUUUCUGUCAAGGGGAUUUACUACGAGGCGGAGAUUCAAGGAGAAAAGAUCACGUGGCUCGAGCCGCACGCGUUGGCGCAAACCAUGCCCGAGGACGUGGACUACCGCGUCAUGCUCACGUUUCUCGAGUUUUACCACGACUUGAUGUCGUUCGUGAACUUUAAGCUGUACAAAGACGCUGGAUUGCAAUAUCCACCGACUUUGAACGAGGAGAUGGACGACGCCGCGGCGGGUCUGGCUGCCGUCGUGCACAAGCUCGCGAAGCAAGCCGACGCGGCGAACGCGCGCGCGCUGCCGGCGAAUAGCGAAGCGGCGCGCGCCGUAGAAUCGCACGAAGAAGAAGACGACGACGAAGACGCGCACAUGGCGAACGAUGACGACGAAGAUGGCGGAGACGAAGAGAUGACACCCGAGCAACGCGAGUGCGCGCGACUCUUCGACGGUCUCGUCUUCUUUAUCAAUCGCGAGGUUCCGCGUAACAUGAUGGUCUUCAUCAUCAAAUCUUUCGGUGGCGAGGUGUGCUGGGAUGGCGACGGUUCCCCGUACGACGCCGAUGACUCGCGCAUCACGCACGUCGUCAUAGAUCGCCCGACGAAGAACAUGAAGCUGAAUCCCAAAGUCGUGUACGUGCAGCCGCAAUGGGUGUGCGAUUGCGCCAACUGGCGCGUGCUCAUUCCGCCCAAAGACUACGCUCCCGAAUGCGAGCCACCGCCUCACUUGAGUCCAUUCGUCGGCGCCGAUGACGAUGGGUACACGCCCGAGUACGCCAAGACGCUGUUGAAGCUCCAAGAAGAGACGCGCGCCAUUAAAAACGGCGACGAGGACGAGGACGAGGACGAGGACGAGUCGGACGACGACGCCUCGGACGACGACGCCUCCGAAGACGAGGACGCCUCGGACGAGUCGUCAUCAGAGGACGAGAACGGCGACCCGAAGAGUCGCCUCACGUUCGACAUGGCGCUGAGCGAAAAGGACAAAAUCAUGCGCGAUCAGCUCGCCAAGGGUUCGGACGAGGAACAGAUGAAGAAGAUGUCGUACAUGCUCUUGCCUCGCAAAAAGAGAGAGCUGUACAAAGCCAUGCAAAUCGGUAUCGCGAAGAAGGAGAAACGCGCGGCCGAGCUCACGAGAUUGGCUAACGAGCACAAAGAGAAGAAACGCGCCGCCGCGGAGGGCGAAAAAGAAGAACCG